AUGUCUUUCCCCGGGCCUGCACAGUUUGAGACUCUGGUAAGCGUCGCCAGCCACCUCCGUGAUGCGAAAUGCGUCCAGCUAGCCGCAUUCGCGAUCCUUAUCUAUGACCACGCUUUGACGUUUCCUCUGGAGGUCGAACGGAUAUGGAAGCAAAAGGUAACGGGACCGGCCCUCCUGUUCUUGCUCAAUAGAUACGUCACUCCACUACAAUAUAUCGUGAUCAUUACAGCGUUUCACCUUCCUACGUGGACGGGAAAGGCGUGUGAUGAUUUUGUUAUGUUUGAAGGCGCUUUGAGUGCAGUAAUGUCAAAUAUUUGCGAAGUAAUCAUGAUCUUACGCGUCUAUGCGCUAUAUGGACGCUCAAACAAAAUCCUCGCGUUUCUCGGGUCAUUAUGGCUUCUGCAACUUGUCAUCUCUUUGAAGGGCGUCAGUACGGGUGUUGCCGUUCAACUACCACCUUUUCCUCCAUUUGUCGGAUGUAUCUUGACAGGACCGAACAACUGGUUUUCUGUCGUCUGGGUCGGCCCACUGGUGACGGAUACUGCCAUCUUCGUCCUAAUGGUGUGGCGCAUUCGGAGAUAUAUCCGUUCUACCGAAUCGAUCCCUCUAUUGCAUAUCUUCGUCAGGGAUGGUCUUAUCUAUUUCCUUGUCAUCUUCCUCAUGAACUUCAUGAAUGCACUGCUAUUCUUUUUGGCCCCGGAAGACCUGAAACCCAUUGGCGCACCCUUUAGCGCCAUGAUGACUGCCGUGAUGAUAUCACGUCUAGUCCUCAAUCUGCGGUCGGCCAAGUCUGCGGGUGUUGAUCUCGUACCAUCAAACAUGUUGACGCGGCCGAAAGAGUCUAUCGCUUUUGACUCUGCGGUCUCAAGGGUGAUUGGCAACUUGGGAGAAGACUUUGAGACAUCGAAGACUACUUCCAACGCCCACGAAUGGAGACCGCGUCCAAGAUCAUCGCCACCAGUGUAA